AUGUUUGAAACCGAAAUUUUUGAAAAACAAUUAGAAAGAAUGGAAGAAGGCGUUGAUUACGAAGUUUUGGGGGGAGAGGGAAAGAAGGAAGGGAAAAAAAUUUAUCUCGUUCUCUCAAAAAGGAUGAUAGAAGUCUGUUGGGGUGAGGAGUUUGAUGAUAAGUUUGAUUAUAAAGUUGAAUUUGACGAAAUUAAUGAUACUUUUUGCUCUUAUAAAACCUCUGUUUUUUCCCAAGAUGAACGAAGUGGUAGUGACAAAGAUGGUAAUAUCAUAGAAGAAAAGAAAGAGAAUUUAGAUGAGCCUUUUUAUCUUUUAACAGAGGAGAAUGAAGAAGAAAAUUUUCCGAAAAUAAUAGAAAUAAGUGGUAACGAAAUUGAAGCAAGGAAUAAUCAAGAGGACUUGCCUGAUUUGACUAUUGUAAAAGGUAAUUGGUAUCAUCCAAGAGGAAAUGGCAUUCUUCGUGAUAAAGAGAAAUAUGAUGAAAAAGAUGGAAAAUUAAUUACUGAAACCGAAAUUUUAAGAGAGACGAAACUAGCAAAAGAAAGAGAACAACAAAUAGAAGUUCAAAACCAGGACCAGGAAAUUCAAAACCAAGCACUAGUUCUACAAAAAAAAAAUUCGGGAGA